AGCUGGAUGAAAACCAUUUGAGUCACAGAGUAAUGGGACAUGUACGAUGUCGACUAUUCUAUGGCGGAUGAUUUCAAAUGGGGAAAAGGAUUGGGUUGUGAUUUCGUGUUGAAGAGCUGUUAUGAAUACAUCAAGGACAGAAAAAGCAGAGGACAAGAUAUUGAGCCGUACUGUGAUAUUCCGAACGAACCGAAAUGCGCCGGUUAUGAAAACGGGAUCAGUGGCUGCCUUCUAUAUGAACACGACAAACAAUUAAACGAAAAGUUUCAGUAUAUGGAUAGUUUGUUCCCUUUUACUGCCAAACAAAAGGAGAAAUAUGGAGGCCAUAUGGCUUUUGACUACUGUCCAGUCCUUCUAAUUCAGCCAGGUGUAAAUGGUAGUUCACUCCUGUGCGAGCAGAAAGAUGAUUUGAAAACAGAUUCAAUAUCAAACAUGUUUAUGGAAUAUAGGGGUCCUAAUUCAGGUUGUUUUAAUGAUGAAACACAAACAUAUGUUAACAAAUCUGGAACUUACACUAUAAAGAAGAAAUCAUCUUGUCAUAAAUUCCAAUGUUCAAAAAAUAUUGGUGUUCAAGUGAUAUUUAACGAAAAGGCAUUUCAGUGUCCUGUUGGUGGUGGUCCACUACAUAUGGAGCAACAAUUGGGAAGUGGAAAUGCUUUCAUCGAUAUACAAUGUCCAAAGUGCACGUCAUUGUGUAAGGAAUAUUGUCCAAAGUGAAAGAAAACUGCGUGGAACAACAUUCUUCCAGUUGUUUUUGAGAGAGAAACCCAUUAAUGGAUUUGAUUAAUGAACACUGUUUGGAGGUAUCUGUAUUUUGAACACUAAAUGAUAGCCCACCUUAACUUGACAUAAACUCAGUAUGUGUAACUUAACCACGUUAAAACAUGUAUCGCUUGAUCAAUCUAUCAUAUUUUGGUGUUUAUUUUGAUGGUUCUUUUUAUGGUAAAUUCAAUGAGUGUUAAAUGUUAAAACAAUAAUUAGAGUAGAU